AUGUUUGUUCUUGUGCCAGGAGCCACUAAAGCUGAAGCGUUUGCAAUUGGCCGUCGUAUUGCUGAAGACGUCACUAAAGCCAAUCCUACUCCUGUUGUACUGAAAUUGGAGAAGGUUUAUAUGGGAUGUGUUCUGGAAACGAAGAAGCGAUACGCUGGAUGGAUGUACGAGAGUGAAGACGAUGAAAAAGGUCAACUGGACGCGAAAGGGGUUGAGACAAUUCGCAGGGAUACGUGCAUGGUUGUUGCAAAUGUUCUGGAGCGUAGCUUGAAGCUGAUCUUCGCUCAGGACUGGCGAGCUCUGAGUACGUAUCUUAACACGAAGUUGUCCCGACUUCAAGACCUGCCGUACACGGACUUCAUCUUCUGUAAAGAAUUUCGGGGGCAUUAUGCUGACAACGCCCCUGUCCCACAGUUGAAAGUUGGCAAUGCGGCUUACUGCCGAGAAUCCUGCUCACAUUGCCCUCGUUGUGAGAAUCGUCCUACCAUUCACUUUACUUACUACGCUCAUGUACACAUUCUUCCUGCCCUUCGACGAGUUACUGAUCUCCUGCCACUUACUAUAACGUGGCGUGCAGACGCCGCAUCACUCUGUUUCACGCCAGGAUGCCUGACAGCAGGUGGAGAUCCAUGGUGUUCUUGUUGUGUAGAAUAUGGUUCCACAUUUCGAUUUGCUCUCGCUUCAUUAGCCCGUGAAGAGCGAUUGCGGGCCAUUGCGCGGCUUGCCUGCAGUCGUUGUCAAAAUGGUGUCCAUUGUGAUAUGAAUCAGUGCCAGAAUCACAGCUGCAGUGUUAAAAAAGUGAGUUGUUCUGCUGAAUAA